AUGUCCGGGAACUACACGGUGCGCUGCGAGGCGGGCCUGGUGGUCCCAAUAUGGGAGCCCUUGGAGAACCUGAACCUCGUCGACGUCGUCUUCCGGGGGCUGGUGUACUUCCUGUUGCUGCUGUACCUGUUCAUAGGGGUGUCGAUCAUCAGCGACCGGUUCAUGGCGGCGAUCGAGGUGAUAACGUCGCAAGAAAAAGAGCUGGUGGUCCGCCGACACGGGCGGGAGCCGCAGAUCGUGGUGGUGCGCGUCUGGAACGAGACGGUGGCCAACCUGACGUUGAUGGCGCUGGGAAGCAGCGCGCCGGAGAUCCUCCUGUCGAUUAUCGAGAUCUGGGCGAAGAAUUUCCAGGCUGGCGAGCUGGGCCCCGGGACCAUCGUGGGAUCCGCGGCGUACAACCUCUUCGUCAUCAUCGCCCUCUGCGUCUUCGUCAUCCCCUCGGGGGAGACCAGGAAGAUCAAGCACCUGCGGGUCUUCUUCGUGACGGCGACCUGGAGCAUUUUCGCCUACGUCUGGCUGUACCUGAUCCUGGCGGUGUCGAGCCCGGGGGUGCUCGAGGUCUGGGAAGGCAUCCUGACUUUCUCCUUCUUCCCGGCGACCGUGCUGACGGCCUACGUGGCCGACCGUAGGCUCCUGCUCUACAAGUACCUGCACAAGGGCUACCGAAUGAACAAGAGGGGCGUCAUCGUCCAGGCGGAGGCCGGCGACUCGGACGCGGGAGUCGAGCUGGAGAUCAAGGCGCGGCACGACGUCCUCUCGCGCUGCGAGCCCGGAGAGAUGGACAGUCCCGAGGCCAAGGAGUUCGAACAGACUCGGCGCGACUACAUCAACACCCUGAGGGAGCUGCGCAAACGACAUCCCACCCUCUCUCUGGAGCAGCUCGAGGUCAUGGCCCACGAGGAGGUCCUCGGCAAGGGGCCCAAGAGCAGGGCCUUCUACCGGGUGCAGGCCACCCGGAAGAUGGUCGGUGCCGGCAGCCUGAGCCGGAAGAUCAGCGAGCGGGCCCAGAGCGACCUCAGCGAGGUCAAGGCCGAGCUCCAGAGGGCCGAGGCCGAGAGCGUCGACAUCGAGACCGUCAACGCCACCAGGGUCUUCUUCGAGCCCGGCCACUACACCGUCAUGGAGAACGUAGGCAGCUUCGAGGUCGGCGUCACCAGGGUAGGCGGGGACCUCAACAAGACCUGCACCGUCGACUACUGCACCGAGGACGGAUCCGCCGAGGCCGGCUCCGACUACGUCAGCGCAAAGGGCACUCUCGUCUUCGGACCCGGUGAGACCAGGAAGACCAUCAAGCUCUCCGUCAUCGACGACGAACUCUUCGAGGAGGACGAGCACUUUUACGUCAGGCUGAGCAAUUGCUCCCAGCCGGCGAUGCUUGUGUCGCCCAGCCUGGCCACGGUGAUGAUCCUGGACGACGACCACAGCGGGAUCUUCGGCUUCCCCGAGAGGGACGUGGAGCUGGUGGAGAGCGUGGGACAGUACCCCCUUCGGGUUGUCAGAUACAGCGGGGCCAGGGGUCGAGUGGUCGUCCCUUACCGGACGGUCGAGGGCACCGCAAAACCUAGCAAGCAGUACGAACACGUCGAGGGAUCGCUCACCUUCGAGGACAACCAGACCGAAAAAACCAUAACACUCUCCAUAAUAGAGGAGGACUCGUACGAGAAGGACGCCCUCUUCUACGUCGAACUUGGGGAGCCGCAGCUUCAAGGGGUUCGACUUUUAAUGACGCCUUGCUUCGAAUUUCCAGCGGAGGCAGGAAUGGCCGCAGCAGCGGAGAUGAAGCAACCGGAAGAGAGGACCGAAGAGGAGAAAAUGGCGCUGCUGGGGAGGCCGAGGUUAGGGGAGGUCUCUCGAGCCCAGAUCAGGAUCAAGGAGUCCAAGGAGUUCAAGAAUACGGUGGACAAGCUGGUCCAACGAGCCAAUGCUUCGAUCCUCCUCGGAACGAGCUCCUGGAAGGAACAGUUCACGGAAGCCCUUACCGUGAGCGGCGGCGACGGCGAGGAAGAGGGCGAGGGGGGAUCCUCCUCGCCAUCACCUGCGGACUAUCUCAUGCACUCCCUCACCAUAUUCUGGAAGGUGCUCUUCGCCUUCGUUCCACCUACCGAUAUCGCCGGAGGCUACCUGUGUUUUGUGGUGAGCAUAUUUGGCAUCGGCGUCGUCACGGCGGUGAUCGGCGACGUGGCUUCCUAUUUCGGCUGCACCCUUGGCAUCAAAGAUUCCGUCACCGCGGUGGUCUUCGUUGCCCUCGGCACCAGCAUCCCCGACACGUUCGCGAGCAAGGUGGCAGCCUGCCAGGACAAGUACGCGGACGCCAGUGUAGGCAACGUGACCGGAAGUAAUGCGGUGAACGUCUUCCUGGGCAUCGGCAUCGCGUGGAGCAUCGCCGCUAUCUACCAUGCCUGCCACGGUGAACAGUUCCUGGUGGAACCCGGCAACCUGGCCUUCUCCGUGACGUUGUUCUGCACGGAGGCCUGCCUGGUGAUCCUGGUCCUGAUGCUGAGGCGGACGAAGGCCAUCGGCGGCGAGCUGGGCGGGCCCUUCAUGCCGAAACUCGUGACAUCGGUGAUCCUCUUCUCUCUCUGGGUCUUCUACCUCAUCAUGUCCACCCUCGAGGCCUAUGGCGUAAUCCAGGGCUUCUAAAACCGCGUGUGCCACACCAUGGCCUAUCUGCUGCGUACACUUAUUCUCUUCUACUGUGCGCCAAGGCGUAUGCUCAAGGAAACGUUUAUUCGGCAAGU